AUGGCUCCCGCUCUUGUUGACGACGCACAAAUGCAUGAUGCCCCCCCCCUGACCCCUCAACAUGCUACUAGUACCCAUAUGACCACUGCGUCAAACCGUCAUCUGGAAGAUGAGCUUCAAACAUCAUCGCUUGCUCUCCAACACCCCACCGAUAUACUCCCCGACACCGGUCACGUCUUGUCGAACCGUAUUGACCAUCUAAAAAUCCGUCCGCGAUCAGGUUAUGCAAAGCUUACUCCUGAACUCUUCCUCCAGCGGCGGGCCAAUGCUAUUCGUCCUAAAGUUUCAACGGAUAGCUAUACCCGAGCCCUACCGCUCUCUUCUCUACGCACCGGGCUUUGCUACGAUGUUCGAAUGAGAUUCCACGCAACCCUUGAUGAAGAAGAUGUUCAUCCUGAAGACCCCCGCCGUAUACACGUGAUAUACCAGGCUCUCGCGUCGGCCGGUUUGACGAAACUACCGGAAGGUGGUUCCGAACUAGAAAAUGAAGAUGGUCUAAUGGUACGGAUAAGAGCAAGGGAGGUUACGGAAGACGAGGCCCUUCUUGUCCACACCUCCGAUCAUUGGCGGUUUCUCACAACCCUUCCUGACCUCGAUAAAGCCUCUCUGCUUAACCUAACCCUCACCGGCGACUCUGUGUUCUACAACAACCAGUCUUUUACAUGUGCUAAAUUGUCCUGUGGAGGCUCUAUUGAAACCUGCAAAGCUGUAUGGAGUGGUCAGGUCAAAAAUGCUAUUGCUGUUGUCCGGCCUCCAGGCCAUCAUGCUGAGCCACACAAAUCCAUGGGAUUUUGCCUUUUUAAUAAUGUCGCCGUUGCAGCAAGGGUCAUUCGGCAGGGAAACCCCGAGUGCGAGAAGAUAAUGAUUCUGGAUUGGGACGUCCACCAUGGCAAUGGUACGCAAACCGCAUUUUAUGAAGACGACUCUGUCUUGUACGUUUCGCUUCACCGGUUUGAAGGUGGGACGUUCUACCCCCCCUACCCUGAUGGGGAUCUCACAUAUUGCGGCGAAGGUGGUGGCCUUGGUUACAAUGUCAAUAUCCCUUGGGCCACUGGUGGAAUUCGCGAUGCCGACUAUAUUUACGCAUUUCAGCGUGUGGUAAUGCCGAUAGCUUAUGAAUACCAACCGGACCUCGUCAUUAUUUCCGCUGGGUUUGAUGCUGCCGCUGGGGAUAAAAUCGGAGAAUGUUUUGUGACGCCCGCGGGUUAUGCGCAUAUGACACACAUGCUCAUGUCCCUAGCAAAUGGAAGGGUUGCUGUGUGCCUCGAAGUAAUCCGAUUUCCAACUCGGCUGCCCAUCUCUAUUCCCUCGAAACUAACAACGAUGUUACAGGGCGGCUACAAUCUUAAUUCAAUAUCAAAUUCCGCACUUGCUGUUGCGAGAACUUUGAUGGGAGAACCGCCUGAGCCACUACACGACGUCCACGCGAGCCCCAAGGUGGUGGAAGUUGUCAACCAAGUUAUCAUCCAGCAGUCCCAAUACUGGAAAUGCAUGGAGUAUAAAUCCAUAAAUAACCGCCUCUCUGCGAAUAAAAUCAAGGCGAGAAGGCUUCACGACAUAAUCCGCCAAUAUCAAGCCCGAGCGUUGUUUGAUACCCACGGAAUCGCGCCUCUACUUGUAGUACGCCCAAGCCAGCUAGCUUCUCCCACGUUCGAGGACCAGGUUCUCGCGACCCCAAAUUACGACAAAGCGGAUACCUUGAUUAUAAUUGUUCAUGAUUCUGCCGAUCUUCUCGGGGUACCAGAACCCGGGAAUGACACCAUUCAGACGCAUAAUUCCUUUGUGAUGGACUCGGCAAAAGUCUUUAUCGAAUGGGCGGUUAAUGAAACUUUCGGGGUGAUUGACGUCAAUGUUCCCAAAUAUGUGACCCCGGAUGAUGAAGAAGACAGCCAAAGAGUUGGAAACAGUGGUGUAAACGACGAUACAAAUACAUUAAUUCUUCAGCUCUGGGACAAUUAUAUCGAUCUUUCCGACGCAGAUAAGAUUGUGUUUAUAGGCAUCGGAGAGGGCUAUAGGAAUGUCUUAAAUUUGAUCAGUCUAAGAGACUGCGUGAACCGUGUGGUCGCAUGCGUAAGCUUUAUAUCUAGGAUGCCGCUCUGUGCUGUUAAUGCUACUCGUGACGAGAAUAUUGGCUAUUGGUACCAUAAGCACUCGAGGGUCUAUGCUCCCAUGACUCAUGAUGCCUUCCAGGCUAGGAAGCUCAAACUGAAAUAUGGAGUCAUCGAGGGCAUUCCGGAAGAUGACCUCGAUAGUCUUGUCCAAGCAGCAUAUCCCCGUGCUUUAGCUUUCAUCACAAGUAAACUUUCACGGUGA